CUCUCUCACACACGCACCAUGAAAGCCUCUCACAUUCCCACAAGCGCAGAAGCGCUUUGGAGGAAUUGGAUGGAGCUGUCGCGUCGCAGGAACACGCUCUACUCGCUGGCGCACCGUGUUCACGACUUCUCUCAGGAACGCGACCGCGUACUGCUGAGAUUCUAAAUCUUUAUAUUCCGGGUGUUGUUUUUUGUUUUUUGUCUUGAUGUGAAACCAAGUUUUCCAACUGGAAACGCAGGAUAACCGGAGUUUUACGCAUUGAGGGAACCGGGGAGCAUUUCACACGAGCGUCUAUUUCUCUCCAAUCAAACUAAGGAUUUUGUUUUUUCCACCUGGGAAUUACCAACAGAGCAUUACGACUUCAAAUUGGCGGGACGCGUUAAAGGAUUUUCCCUCAGUCGUAAUUGGGGGUUUGUUUCACCGCCCUCUUUGUCCCGAGCGCGCGCGCGCACAAACACACACACACACACACACACACACACACACAGAAACACACACUCUCUCUCUCUCUCUCUCUCUCUCUCUCUCUCUCUCUCUCUCUCUCUCCAUACGGAGUAAAACGCGCUGAACAACCACCAGGGGGGAAAAGAAGACACUUUGACGCCUCGCGGUUCCACGUUGGACCCACACACACUGCGCCGACGCCAGCGCGGCGUCUCCGCCGAAGACCUUGGAUGUAGCGCGGAGCCGCGACGCCUCCUGUCAUCGUCCCGUCAUUUCUCCGGCAUGGCGUUUCGCUGGAAGUGGUCUUCAAAGUGGAAGAUGGCUCUUAACUUUCAGCCGGGUCGCCGCCUGAUCCCCCUCCGUGCCUGAUGGCACAGUGACCGCGUGAACUCGGCUCUUGUGAAGGUUCAGAAUGACUGCAGCAGCAGGUGUGCUAACAGGCUUGGCCAAACUCAAACGCCAGGACUCUGCCCGCUCUCAGCACCGACCCAUACCGCCUACUUCCCCGGGCCUGGGAAACCCUGUCCCAGAGGCUGCCCCCAGAAAAAGAAAACGACGCACCGAUGUUGUGGUGGUGCGUGGCAGGCUCCGCCUCUACUCCGCCUCUGGAUUUUUCCUCCUCCUGGGACUGGUCAUCUUAGCGGUGGGGAUCGGCAUGGCGACACUGGGUUACUGGCCGCACAGUGAAACCAUGCCCUCGGCCAAAUCAGCGACGAGAGGUGAAGUGGACGGAACCAAGAUGUCCGUCACAGAGGGGGACGAGGUUAUCUCCAGCAGGAGUCAUGAUGUGCAAGGUACGUCCUCCAAGCAGACCGGCGGUGCUCUGACGCGCUUCCUGGAUCAGCAUCGUCACUCUGAGCGGAUGAAGAUGUUCGGGCCUUUCACCAUGGGCAUUGGGAUUUUUAUCUUUAUCUGCGCUAAUGCCAUUCUUCAUGAAAACAGAGACAGAGAAACAAAGAUAAUCCAUAUGAGAGACAUGUACUCCACUGUCAUUGACAUCCAUCGCCUCAGGGAAAAGGAGCAAAAACAACAGCACCGCAACAGCACAUAUGCAAGAGAAGUUGGAGACCUCCGAGGCUUUGGAGCCGAUAGCGCAUCAUGGCGAGCCAGCAACUCCCUCCUGGCCUUCUCCUCUCGUGCGGGAGGCUCUGCGGAGGAGGAGGUGCUGUUAGGCGACGAGGAGUUCCACAGACAACGAGAGCAGGCUAGGAUGGAUUGUAGCUUUGCAGGGCUGCUGGCGCCGCUCUACAAGGACCGCCCCUUCUGUGGCCCGGGGCUCGGGCUGGCUCGCUCAGAUUCGAUGCACCACCAGUGGUCAGUGGACGGAGAUGCGGAGAAGGGAGGACACCAUGCUCGCUCCAUCGUCUCCUCCUCCAUCUCCGCUUUUACCCUCCCCGUUAUAAAACUCAAUAACUGCGUUAUAGAUGAGCCGGAGAUGGAGGUGAUCACCGAGGAGGACAGGGGGGGCGAGAGAAGAGACAGAGAGAGGGCUCAGCCCAUGUGCUCCAUGGAGUCUCUGGUGGUUCCUGUAGCAUCGGUUGCCAAGGCCUCCAAACCGCCAAGCUUACAUAGAAGUAACUCUGCCCUCUCCUCAACUCACUGCUCCUCUGUCUCCUCUUCCUCCCUCUCCCCUGCGCCGUCCUCUACCUCAGGCUGCUGGCUCUCCCCGGGAGCAGCCAGGAGCGACUUUGGCUCCAACUCCUCCCUGCACAUGCUCAGCAGCCACUCCAAAUCUCUGGACCUGGAGCGCGGCCACAGCAUGCUCAGCGUGCAUCCGGAGCAGCGGAAGCACCCCAGCUGGCCCCGCCUCGACCGUAGCAACAGCAGCCGCAGCAGCAGAGGCGGCGGCGGCAACCGGGGCUGCAGCAAAGGCUACAUGCGGCUGGAGGACAGGGAGGAGCAAGGGGAGCGGUUGCUGGACACGGCGGCGGCAGCGAGGCGCGACUACAGUAAGCGCGAGAAGCUGCUGAUGAUAUCGAGGUCGCACAAUAAUCUGAGCUUUGAACACGACGAGUUUAACAGCCACACGCUCAAGAGAGGCAGCUCGGAGACUCGAUUCUGAGGUUGCUGAACUGGAGGUUGAAGACGCUUCUGUCCUGUUCUGUAAAUUGCUCUCCAAACAUUAGGAGUGUACAGCGCUCGUUUCAGGGGGAACUGACAAGUGUAACAGCUGCACCCUGGAGGAAUGAAACUCGGACGUGGUUUUAAACCCCCCCUCCCCCCCUUUAUUUUUGGAACAGCAGGCUUGAGAGUAGUAAGUAAUGGACCAUCUUGCACAGUGAAAGGUCCAGGCCUCAGGUCAGCAAGACACUGAAAGCCUACUGAACCAGGUCCAGAGGUGCUGUUCUGUAGCCGACCCUGACCUGUGACCUGUGUGGAGGAGCGGAGAAUCUCCCUGCAGGGAGCCAUAUAAAUAAAUCACAUUACGUCACCAGUCUGCUUUAUACAAAAAAAUUGUUCUAAUCUCAACAGUGAGACGAAACUUUAGGUUCAACACUAUUUUUAUUAUCAUAAAAGACUUUUAAAAUCGCUUUUCUUCAAGUGUGACAGUUUAAUUCCAGCUGCCACCUCUGUAAUCAACGACACACUGAAAACACUCUGAGCAAAUGAUCUCGGUGCGUUACGGGCAAAUCUUUUAUAAUACAGUCUGAGCCCAACCUGAGAAAGAGGAGGAGGUCCAAUACAACAACAAAAAUAUGAAUUAUCUACUAUUAUAGAGCAGCCUUGAAAUCAUUGUGCUUAAUAGGGUUGUAUUGAAAGAUUAAGGCUGAUAAUAGCAAUUUUCAACUAAUCUAACAAUCUUAUAAUCCAUAUGAUAUGGUAACUAAAUUGAACCAGGUGGUAACUCACUGCCUUAUGUAAACCUGCGUUACAACAGCGACAAGGCUCCCAAGUCUCAAAGAUAUAGAUAGUAGUUGUAUGGAAUUUGUUUUCACCGUGGUUUCUGUAUGUUUGUCUGAUGAUUGUGGUAGAUGUAGAAACUGAGAAAGUUUCAUGUCGCCCCGUGGUUACAACGAUGCUGCCCCAAAGUGAGAGGGUUUUUUUCUAUGUCCACUACUGAAAACUAGAAUCUAUGUUGAUGGACUUCACUCAGGAUAUGCAGUCUGUAAUUUAUAUAUUGGUCAUUUUCCUUGUCUGUUCUUGAAACUCUACAUUAUCAGGGAAAACCCUUCGAUUUGAAUAUUUGCAGACCAGAGGUCUGAUCAUUAGGGUUGUAAGUGAUGAUGGUUUUCAUCACAGAUAUUCCUGUGAACGCAUUUGUGUAUGAAUAACCCUAUUCAUAGUGAUGUGUCAGAAAUAACUAUCAUAAAAUAACAGUCAUAAGAAGUUUAUAAAGCAAAUAGACACAUUUGAGGAAUUUCUACGAUCUAAAUCUGAACUCCUUUUUACCUCUGCACGAUUGAUCGAACAAUACCAGAGACAGAAAUCUGUAUAAAACAGUGAGUGGUGGACCGAUAUUGUACUUGAGCAGACAAUAAACCAUUACGUUCACAUGUAUUUUUUAAACUAAAUUUCUUUUCAAUAUUUGCCAAAUUGAUAAAGGUCCCAUGAUUGAGUUCUAAUGUCUCAGAACAUUUUGUCGUUACAUUAUUAAUAUGAUGCCUCCAUGUUGCUCAAUAGCUAUGUUUCAGGUUGUGUUUUAAUUUUGUCUGUAAAUGUUCUCUCUGCUACCUUUUAAUUCAAGACUAUGAAGAUGAGUAACACAUCUUGUUGUCUUGAAAUCUAACCUGAAGUGUGCAGAAAAAGACAAAAUCCCCAUUUCAGAGAACAGGAAUCUCACCAGCGAGCUUCAUUAACUGGUUCAGUUUGUGGGUCAAUGUCCAAUUUUAUCCCGUCUCAAAAUAAACUGUAUUUUCACUGAAACACA